AUGCAGCCGUGAGGAGGAUGAAGAGCUCAACCGGAAAUCCAAACAUGCCUGAGUACGUCAGUAUGGCCUGGCUUGCCCACAAGCUGAUUGGUGAAAAGGCAAAUCUUGGUACUGCAGAGGAGGUCUUUGAUCUGGAGCAAGGCUUCAUUAAGAGUGAGGCUGUAGCCGGUUUGACAGCGCUGUCUUCAGGGGCCACUAUAGCUCCAACUACAGCCGCUACUGCCAGCGGAUCGAUAGCAGGAGCUCCAAUUAUUCUUGCUGGAGAUGAGUCGUCAUCCGAACGACAGCAGUAUGCUCGUGCUGCUGUUGCUUCCUCUGCUGCCGCCAGUAACUUGACCCCUUCUCUUGUUGAAUCUACCCCGGCAAAGAAGAGAUCUUACCAAGGACAACAAAAGAGAACUGUCCCCGACGCUGCUGUAUUCAAUGAAUACAUUAUUAAGCAGGAACAAAGAGAGGAAAGAAGAGAUCAACGCAGUAUUGAGAUGUGGAGUGGUGUAAAGGAUGUAGCAGAGAAAUUCCUUGGAGCAGCUGUUAGCAUGAUGAAUACGUGGCAGCAGCAACAACAACAACAACAGUCUUACCAUGGUCCUCCUCCUCCCGGUCCCCAUACACCCUACCAUUACCAGCACUCCUAUGGUCCUCCUCCUUCGGUUGCAUCGACUGUCGUAACAUCGUCACCUGCUGCCGGCUCAACGUCCAACAAACGCAAACGCACAGGAGAGGAACAAGAAUCCCAUGGUGAAAAGAAGCACCGAGGUUAAUUGAUUACAUUAGACUACAUUAACUAAACUAUACUGCUAUAC